UGUGAUCUUGCCAAUAUCAACAAUACUGGUCCUUUAAAGAAAGUAAAUAAUUCUUUGAUAAAAGUCCUAUUAAUUUGCACAGAUAAAAAUCUCACGUGGCAAGGAGGCAAAGAUAGAUUUAUUGCACUAGACAACUAUGGAAAUAGGUCAGAUACACGUUUUCUGGAAAUUCGUGAUGGUUGUCACGGUGUGACAGCUGCAGAAACAGUUGCAGCAAACCUUCCACUUUUAUUUCUUGACCAGCUUUCUCAAAUAGAUUCCUCCUACAAAAAUAAGAAGCAAAGGCAAAUUCUAGAUUUUUUUUCCCCCUAUAGUAAUCAAGGCAGAUUACAGGGAAAAAAAGAGAAGAUAUUCUCUGACAAACCAGGCAAUGAUGAGACCAAGAAGAUUAGUCCUUACAAAUGGAUUCACAAAGUGUAUGCCAAGUCCUUUAGGUGAAUGCAGAGAUUUUUAGAGCUGGGAAGAAACGAGGUUUCCAAAGCUCACUGGAGUGGCUGUUAAGUGGCUACCUGUUUGGUGGAAAGCGUUCCCAGCAAAGAGACAGAUGGCACUGAGGUAGAAGAGAGAAAACAUUCUGAAAAUAACACAUGCAGUCCAUUAGGUAGGACAGCCAAAGGUGUUGCUGGACCACUGUACUUUGCUGUUAUAGAUGAUGUACAUGCAGUCUUAUAUGAAAAUGGAAAGAGUCACUGCCUCUCAAAAGGGCACAGCACUCAUGAGAGAAAACACUUCAGAAUGGUGGAUACACCAGAUGGAUUAGCAGAGGGGUACCUGAGAAUUACAAGGGCUCUUGGACAUCACAGAGAUGCAAUAAAAACAACAUCUGUUAUACCUGUAACCGUAUCUGUCAUAUCAGAUUCUUAUUCUGGCUUCUAAAGGGUUUUGGAUUACAAUGAAGUACUGGCACCAACUCUAACAACAUCCACUCGUUUGAGAACGCAUGAGUGGUGUUCAAUGAAACAGGACUUUGAUGCUGGUCAAGACCUGCUAAAGUCUGUAUAACCACUGGGUUCUAAACCACCCCAGUUUGAAAAGGACACAAAAAUGGACCCAUCCAAUUGCAAAUCACCAGCUGCAGGAAGAGGCACAGUCAGCUCUGAGGCCUACAACAAUGCAACAAGCUACAUUAGGGAGUAACUGGCAAAGACUGCAUUAGCUUCAGGUUCAAGAGAUAAUAUUACUAUUUUGAUUGUAUUUCUUCUAUAUGGACAUGAUAAAAUACCCAAUUACCUCAAAAUUUACCAUAGGACAGCUGAAGUGACAGUAUAUACAGAACAGGCUUAUAUUUAG